AUGCUGCGGCGCGAUGUGUCAGAUCUCGACGAUGCCGCGAAGCGGAAGGAGCCCCACGCAGUAAUUUUGCUUCCAUCGAAACGGGCGUCAGCAAAGACGAAACAUGACUCUGCCGAGUCAACAAAGGACGCAGUCAAGUCAAAGAGAAAAUUUUCUGAAGAAGAGAAGGAACCCGAUGUGAGCAAGAAUUACACGGACCUACAAGAAGCGGAAAGCGGGGGACGAACUACUACCCGCGGAAGAGCAAACGCGAACUAG